AUGUCAUUUGGCGGCGGCCAGGCCGUACCCGAGUCAUGGAGUGUCUACCGGAUGAUUCACCUCCUGGACAGCGCGGGAGUGCAGCUUGAUAGCAGCACGCUGACUGACCUGUACAGCAAGGCAGGACAACUCUUGUGGGCAUGGCUGAUGAUCUUUAGGAUGCUGCCACAGGUGGAGCUGCCAAAAAAUGUGGACAAGUUUCUUCCUGCAGACCUGAUACAUGUCAUGCAGCCUGCGCAGCUGGACGCUGGUCUGCGUGACCUACUGGAGGUUUUCUAUUGGCACCUGCUGACCUGCAUACGACCUCUCAAUCUCCUUGAUACCUUCAACGAUUCCACAGCACUUCUCAAGCAAGCUCAGGUCCUGCAAGCUGUCUCCAAGGAGAACCUGGCCCAGACUGGAUGCAUGCAGGUGGAGAGUAAACUGAACACAGAGAAUGUGCUCUUCAUUUGUGAGGGGCAUGAAGCAUCAGUGCGCAUGGAGGAGGGCCUUGUCACUAUCCUCCCAGAGGUAUACGGCAAGUACUCCAUGUUCCUGCUGUCAGUAGACGUUCCUGCCAACAAGAUGACAGAGCUUCCAGAGGAACUGUUCACCGCCCUGCCAAACCUGGCUGAGUUUGACUGCUCCAAUAAUUUCCUGGAGGCCAUCCCAGGCUCCAUUGGGAAGUGCAGGAACUUGUACAGUCUCUCUUGUGCCAACAACAACCUCCGUGACCUGCCAGCCACUCUGACCCAAUGUAAAGGCCUGCAGAGACUGGACAUCUCCGAGAACCUCAUGGCGGCUAUUCCACCCGUAGUGCCAAAACUGACCAGUCUACAGCGCCUGUACGCCAACAGCAUGUUCCUCACUGCACUCCCAGAGAACAUCGGCAACCUGUACAAUCUGGAGAAACUCUUUGCCAAUGGGAACUGCUUCACCAGCCUGCCUGAAAGCUUCUCACGGUUGCAGAGUCUUAAUGACCUUGGACUGUAUGGUGUGCCUUGGCUGCCCGCUCUCAAACCUGGCAAGGUGAUGUCAUACGAGCAGUUCCUGGCCAAACUCAAGAUGUGGAAGCUGGAUCGCUGGUUGGAGGCUCCAGAGCACAAAAGUACCAAGGAUAGUCUGUUCAAGUUCUUUGACCAGGACUCCAAUGGCGUACUGGAUGCUGAUGAGGUGGGCAAACUGAACGCAUAUCUCUUCAGUAUCUUCCCUCGCUUCGGUUACAAGGGCAUUGAACCUCCAGAGGAUGACACGCCCAGUGGGUUCCCCAUGGAGAUUCUAGAGUGCCACAACCUGGAGUACAUCAACCUGUACUUCCAGGGCUUUGUGUCCGUCCCACCGGAGAUAGGCAACCUGCAGGAGUUGAAGAUGUUCAACGUGAGCCACAACCCCAAUCUGCUGACAAUCCCCGCAGAGGUCGGCACCAUCUCCUGCCUCACACGACUUGAGUUGGAGUCAUGUCCCCUUUUAAAGACGCCUCCAAAGGAGAUACGAGCAAAGGGUUUUACAACAACAUUUGCGUACCUAAGGCGUCUCAUGUCUGGUUCCCUGCCAUGCAAACGCACAAAACUGAUGUUGGUAGGACUGGGUGGAGCUGGUAAAACCAGUCUUGUGCAAGCCCUGUUGUCCAAGGACAAGAAGGCCAAUCUCACCCACGGGGAGGCCAUCACAGAUGGGAUUGACAUCUCUAACUGGACUGUGAGACAUAAUGACGAGUCGCUUACAUUCAGUGUGUGGGACUUUGCAGGACAGACUGUCUACUACAAUACACACCAGUUCUUCUUGUCCAACCGUGCCGUGUACCUGUUGCUAUGGAAUGUUCGUCUUGGAUACGAGCAUGCAGGCCUAGAUUUUUGGCUGAGCUCUAUCACUGUUCAGGCUCCAAAGGCACCAAUAUUUGUGGUUGGAUCACAUGUAGACCAGGUGAGCAAGUAUGAGAUCCCUAUGAAUGAGAUGAGGGCACGCUACAAACAGAUAGCAGGCUUCUACUUUGUCAGCUCCUAUACUGGACAGGGUAUAGAGGAGUUACAGAGAGAUCUGUUUGAGAAGACCCUGGAGCAGCAGUAUAUGGGAGAACAGAUCCCGGAGGUGUGGCUGCAGUUUGAGAACAACGUCAUCGCUGCACGGACGGACAGCAAUGUGAUUGAGUAUUCAGCCCUAGAGAAGAUGGCAAAUGCUUCUGGGGUCUUUGAUAAGACAGAGGUGUUCCAAGCAGUUCAGUUUCUCAAUGACCUGGGCAGUCUACAGCACUUCACAACAGAGGGCCUGAAGUCCAAGGUCGUCAUCAACCCUCAGUGGAUUGUGGAUGUGAUGGCCUGUGUUGUGUCCGUAAAAAACUCACCCAUACAGGAUGGUGUGUUGAAGCACAGUGACAUUGGGGUUGUCUGGAAGGAUUACCCAGCAGAGCUGCAUGACUGGUUACUCAAACUCACCGAGGCUUAUGACCUCACAUUCCCCCUGGAUGACAAACCAGUCAACCUUGUUCCGUGUCUGAUGCCAGAGAAACAACCUGAUCUUCACUGGGAGGAUCUGGAUAAAGACUCGCCUAUCAAGGAGAACAAGAUGAUCUACAAGUUUGACUACCUGCCUGCAGGCCUCUUUAACAGAGGACAGGUACGUCUGCACCAGAUCUCGGACAGCGCCCUUAUCUGGAAAAGAGGCUCGUACCUCAAGAAGAACUCUCAUGUGGCACUACUGCAGCAGACCAGAGAGUCUGAGCUGAUCCUGCGCGUUCAGGGACCGCGUCCAGAGAACAUCAUCUUCCUGGUGCAUGAAGUGUUUGAGGGGCUCAUAUCAGAGUCAUUCAGGGGCGUCACAUACGACUACCAGAUACCGUGUCCUGACUGCCUGAAAAUCGGAGCUAAGGAGCAGCACAUGUUUUCUGCCUCCACAAUUCGUCGAGCCAUCGCAUUGAAGUCCCCGUUCCUUCAGUGUGGCACCUACUUCCAUGUGACGUCAUGCGUAGACCUGCAAGCGUGCAUGCCCCCUGACAGCCACAGCGACUUUGACCUUCACCUUGUUCAGUCCAUCCGUAGCCUGCGUGAUCUCCGCAAAGACCUGGCUGCAGAUAUUUUCAUGUCCUACUGUGCAAAGAAUGCCCCGAGCAAUCGUGCCUCGGUCAUUCACCCUGCUACAGUGUAUGAGGACCUUACAAAGGCAGGAUACAAAUGCUGGUUCCCAAAACCCAACGAGAAAUCCUCCACAGAGGAAAUGGCUCGAGCAAUCAGCGACGCUGCAGUAUUUCUGGUGUUCAUGUCGGUGGACUACUCAAAGGACCAGGACUGUGUCACACUGUUCAAGUACGCCAAGCUAACGCUGCGUAAACCUCUAGUUGUGGUUGCUGUGGGCGAGAAUUUUGAAUGGCAGAAAGGCCCUCUGGGGAUGCUGCUUACCGACAUGGUGUUUGUGAACAUGAUCAACUCCAAGCGGGAGGUGUACAAGUCCAAGUUUGAGGAGCUGCUUGGGGCCAUCUCGUCUAAGACUAACAGACCCGUGGGCAAGGCUCCCAUCCCGUCUUGCUUCUUCAGCUACACCUGGGUCAACUCACAGGUCGCUGUCAACCUGGGUACUCGGGAGAUAAAGAGUGCCCUGGGCUAUGGGGACCCCCGAGAAAUCAAGAAAUACCUUGAGGGCCAAGGCAUCAAAUGCUGGAUCGAUGUGGAACGAGUGGGACAGAAUGGUCUGUUUGAUGACAUUGCUGAGGGCUUGCUGAACGCGAAGGUGGUGGUGGUGUGUGUGUCAGACGAGUAUGCAGACUCCCCCACGUGUUGUACAGAGUUCCGCUACGCCGCCAACACCCUCAAUCUUCCGAUCAUCCUCGCUGUGGUCGGCACGGGCUGCAGGUGGAGGUCUACUGAGGUUGGAGUGCUCUCCCUUAAAUACCCACUGGUGAGUUUCCAGGAGAAGAGUGAGAUGGCGUACACGAAGCUGGUGGAACUUGUUUCGGCUGAGCUCAAUCACGAACCUGUCACCAAGCAACAGAAGAACAAACAGAACGAGGAGACAAAAAACCUCUCUUUCUCUGAGCUAUUUGAGUUGGCCCAGAGAAAGUUGCUACGUCAGCUGGCAUUCUAUGCCGAGCACCAAGAGAUUGGUACAUACCCGAGGCUGUUUGUUAUAGACUUCAUGAAGUCAAAACAAGACGUGAACCCAGAUGAGAAGACGGAUGAACAAGAGAGUGAAAAGGAUGGUGAGUCAUCAGCCGAUCAACUCUCUACGCCUAGAAGGACUCUCUCCAAGAAAGUGUCUGACCUGAAGGCAGCCUUCAGAGUGCAAAGAUACUGUGUACUCACACUCUGUGAACAUGACGAGGGUUGGCAUGUGGCUGCAGACCCAUUGCCAUUGCCUUCAGAUUUUGGGGAAAAUCUGCUGGACAAGUUCUGUCCCUUUGUGUCUCGUAUGAUGGCAGUGAUGAAGUUUAACAAGAAAUUGCCACUUAACUGCGUUCAACAUGAGAUGGGGGAAGAUUACAUGACAUGGCUAGAAGAGAAUCCAUCAGCUUCAGCAUCAGACUAUCAGCAGAUCUAUCAUGAAUUCAGAGAGAUGGUUAUCACUUCGGAUUCCCAAAAGUCUAUGGGAAAACUAUCCCGAUGCCGCAUGGCAAAUGGAAAGGUAAUCUGGUUGUGUGAGAAACACCAGAGUUCCAUGAAAGUCACAGUACUGAGCUCUGAGGAGGCUGAGACUGCUAGCUCAGAGAAGGUGGGAAACGAUGACAUGACCAUGAUCAACGGGCUUCGUGCAGGCUUCUCGAACACCAACCUGCCUGGAACCACAGGCUUUGCCUCCGAUAUGGCCAAAAGAGACCCUGAAAAAUUGCUGGACAAAAAGUACCAAUCAAACAUCACACGAAUUCAACCAAGUGAUAUAAAACCUGAAACAAGUAGUAAGGAUGAGGCUUUUGGCAAAGAAAAGGUUAUGAAAAGCAAAGGAAAGAUGAUCAGAUCAGCUAAGAAAGAAACAGAAAAGGAAUCAGGUCUGCAGCUGAUCCUUCCAUCAGAAAUGGCAAUUGAAAGCAACCAAAGGAAAAAAGAAAGCAAAGAUGCUCACGCAGAAGACGUUCAGAAUGCCUUGGAAACGAAAAUGGAAAUUGCUCAAGAUGUUGGAAAGGUGGGGAAUACAGGUCUGAGCCAGGCUCCAGUACCAGCAAAGGUCAAUGAUCCCAGCCAGGGCCAGUCCGAGCUGGGUACCAGGAGUAACAGCCAGGGCCAGUUCGAGCUGGGCACCAGAAGUAAGACCUUCUUUGGAAAGGAAUCUAAGAAAGAGGUAGAACAAAGCAAGGCUUCGUCAACACAGAUCAGGCCAAGGCUUGAGAGGUCCUUGACACAGGGUCCAAAAGAGAAACUAAAAAGCAAGGCCUGUAUUGUGAUGUAAUCGGUCCUAUUAAGAUUAAGAAAAAGUUGACAGUAAGUGUCAUUGAGAGGAAGAUGUCUGAUGUUUCUGCGAAUAAUUCAGUUAUCAUUCCCGAGAAAGAAUGACUCAAUCUCAUUGCAUGACAUAAUCAAUAUAUUACUUAUUACAAUGACAAUCUUAGUUAAUAUUAUAUUUAUAUGUCAAUCUUGGAGGACAAUACUUCAUUUUGCUUUUUCCAGGAAAUACUAUCCUCCAAUCCAAUCUCUUCUCGAAGGUAGACAAAAUGCAUUAUAAGCCUUCUGAAAAGCAACUUGUUUUACUUUUUUGAAACAAAGUCCCUCUUUUAAAUAACAUGCUUGUCUUACUUGGAAAAAAUUGUCCACCAUUUAAUUUGUUUAAAGAAACAGUCUAAGAUGUAAAACACUAUAAUGUCCUAGUCAUAAAUUAUUAACAGCUCUGUUUUUAUGUGACCAACAAAGGAAAUAAAACAAGGUUAAGUACAAUUAUAAACUUUAGCACACAUACAGCAUUUGUGAACUUAUGGCAUUGUUUUGCAUAUACCACACUGAAGCAAUAUCAUAUGGGUUAUUUUAAACUAGCCCAUAAUUCUAUAAAUCUAGGUGUUUGUUUUUAGCUCACCUGAGUACAUAAGCGUAAAAUACUACCUAUACAGUUUGAAUUGGUCAGACAAGCAUCUUGAUUGUAAUUGUCAA